AUCAAAUAUCAACCAACCCCUCUCUCACAAAACCAAACAAAUCAAAAAAUCAGUUCAUUCAUCUGAAAAAAAAGUAGCAGCAAAAGAAUUUCAAGAAAAUAGCCUAGCCAUGGCCAACAUGAUCAUGGCUUCCUCCAAAGCCCUAAUCACUUCUUCCAUUCCUUCAUCACCAAGAACCAAACUUUCCCUCCCACAAAUUCCAAUUCCAAAACUACCCCUCCCCAAAUUGCCCAAAUCCCCAAUAACCCUUUCCCUCGCAUCAAAUCUCAAGUCAAUAUCAGUCAUUCUUGCUAGCUCAUUAGCCUUUGCACCCCCUUCACUUGCUGAAGAAAUUGAAAAAGCUUCACUCUUUGACUUCAAUUUAACUCUCCCUAUUAUAAUGGCUGAGUUCCUUUUCCUCAUGUUUGCUUUAGACAAACUUUACUUUUCCCCAUUAGGGAAAUUUAUGGAUGAAAGAGAUUCUGCUAUUAAAGAGAAAUUAAACAGUGUGAAGGACACUUCAGCUGAAGUGAAGCAAUUGGAAGAUCAAGCAGCAGCUAUAAUGAAAGCUGCAAGAGCUGAAAUAUCAGCUGCAUUGAGUAAGAUGAAGAAAGAGACACAAUUGGAAGUGGAGCAGAAGAUUGCUGAAGGAAGGAAGAAAGUUGAAGCUGAGUUGCAGGAAGCUUUAGCUAGCUUGGACAAACAAAAGGAGGAGACUAUUAAGUCUCUUGACUCUCAGAUUGCUGCUCUUAGUGAUGAGAUUGUCAAGAAGGUUCUUCCUGUUAGUAACUAAGUAAUUAAUUUCUUUGAAAUUUAUAAUUUGUAAUUUGGUUUUUGAUUUGAUAAAAGUUGCAUAAAUGUGAAAUACUUUGGUACUAUCUUAUAUUGUGAAUUUAUCUCUAGUGGUGUACAUCUUGUUGGAGCU